AUGCAACAACCCUUGCUGAUGGAUGCGAACGGUGCUGCUCAACCGACCACAUUCGCAGUUCAAGCGAGCGAUGGUAGUCUUAUACCGGUUCAGCUAGCAACUUCUGCCGGUGGGGGUCAAGUUAUCAUGUUUCUCCAAAGCGCUGCUCAGCAGACCAUAUAUGCUGCCCAACCCAUUGUCUCUGCAGCUGCUACCAAUCUGGAUGCUGGCCUCGCAACAACUCAGGGCCAGAUAAUUAGCACCUCCGUCGACGAUGAAAAUCAUAUACUUCAACAGCUACAACAAGCACCGCAAGUUCAGGUACUCCAUCAAGCACAGGCUGCUUCGAUCCCCCAAACAGUUUCCUCGGCUCAAGUGGUACAAGUCUCGAGUCCCAAAGGAGACGGUACCCUUUCCGAAUCCGUUGGUGCGGCACAGGCCGCUGCUAGCGUUUCUCCUGGUCUGCCUGUGGGAGAGGAACCACUUUACGUUAAUGCAAAACAGUACAAUCGGAUCUUGAAAAGAAGACAAGCGCGAGCUAAGUUGGAAUCCCAAGGACGCAUACCGAAGGAACGCCCGAAGUAUCUCCACGAGUCCCGGCAUAAACAUGCCAUGAACCGCGUCCGCAGUUCUGGUGGUCGUUUCUUCUCUGUUCCUAAUUAUUCAGAGGCAAACAACAGUACUGCAUCAACCUCGUCCAGCAGUUCUUCAUUCCGACCAACCGAAGACACAAAACUGAAACAAGUAACUCAGUAA